AUGGACCCCGACGCCAGUAUCACCCCCGACCAGCCACCCGUAUUCAAUUACAUUCUCUCUUUCCUCCUAGUCGGCGUAGCAUGGGGCUUCACAACCCCCUUUAUCCGCCGCGCCGCAGCUGACUUCAACGCGCGCCAGGAGCAACACUCGCAGCCCCAACAAGCACAAGAACCAGAAACCGAAGAACAAGAACUCCAACAAACAGGCCUUAAAUCCACGAAACAAAAACCCGAGCCCGAAAUUUCGAGUGAAGAUGAAGACCAUCCUCCCCCAGCACCCCCUACCACAACCACUACACAACCGGCUUGGCUGCGCCCAUCUAAUUCGAGCUCGGGCUGGUUGAAGACGAAGAUCACAACGUUGUUCUGGACGGUGAUUAACCUUCUCCGCACCCCGGCAUACUCGAUCCCCCUGGUUAUCAACUUGACGGGGAGUGUUUGGUUCUUCCUGUUGGUUGGGAAACAUGAACUAUCCUUAACGGUACCGCUGGCGAAUUCGAGUGCUUUUCUCUUCACGGUUCUGGGGGAGUGGUAUGUGGAGCGGAAGGUCAUUGAAAAGGAGACUUGGUUGGGGAUGGUCCUUGUACUAGGAGGGAUUGCUAUCUGUGUAAAGUCCAAAAGUUCAUAA